CGAAACCGUAAGAAGCGCAGAGUGUGAGAGAGAGGGGCAUCAAGGACGACGUGGGCAAGAUGAUGCAGGUGUUCGUGAAGACGCUGGUGGGGAAGACGAUCACGCUGGAGGUGGAGUGCAGCGACACCGUCGAGAACGUGAAGGCCAUGAUCCAGGGCAAGGAAGGCAUCCCGCCGGAGGAGCAGCGCCUCGUCUUCGCGGGCAAGCAGCUGGACGACGACGGCCGCACCCUGGCCGACUACGGCGUCCAGAAGGAGUCGACGCUGCACCUGGAGCUGCGCCUCCGCGGCGGCAGCAGGGGCGGCUACCCCAUGGGGAUCCCGCCCAGCCUCCGCGAGCUCGCGCAGAAGUACAACGAGAACAAGAUGGUCUGCCGCAAGUGCUAUGCGCGGCUUCCGCCCAGGGCAACCAACUGCCGCAAGAAAAAGUGUGGGCACAGUAACGAGCUGAGGUCGAAGAAAAGGUUCAUGUCCAAGAUUGGCGGGAAAUGAUCGGCUUUUGUCAUUGCGUGACAUAUAUGGAGCAUCAGCUGAAAUUUCUUAGACGCUUAAUAAUUUUUACUUUAACGCCGUGGAUGUGAUAUUUUACUGAAUAAAGUUGUAGUAGAAACAAAAAAUUCGUGC